AAAAACUUUGCGACGCUUUCUCCGAGUCUGCGGCUCCGCUUCUAGACGAAGCGGAGAAGAGCGGCUUGGAGAGAGACGAAGCUCUUCAUAACUUGGUUUUCCUAGCCGGCUUCAACGCGUACGGCGGCAUGAAAGCCUUCUUCCCGUCGCUGAUCAAGUGGGUCGGCGGCGGAGGGGAGGAUUUGCACGGCCGACUUUUUAAGGAAAUCAGGGCCGUUGUUAAGGAAGAAGGCGGCGUGACUCUCCUAGCCCUAGAGAAGAUGAGUUUGACCAAGUCAGUGGUUUACGAGGCGCUGCGGAUCGAACCGCCGGUCCCGUUCCAGUACGGAAAGGCCAGGGAGGAUACCGUGGUCCAGAGCCACGAAUCGUCGUUCCUGAUCAAAAAGGGCGAAACGAUCGUGGGAUAUCAGCCGUUGGUUAUGAAGGAUCCGAAAGUAUUUGCGGAUCCGGAGCGGUUUGUGCCCGACAGGUUUGUCGGGGCGGGAGGGGACAUGAUCCGGCACGUGUUCUGGUCAAACGAAAGGGAGACGUGCAACCCGACAGCUGGCAACAAACAGUGCGCGGGGAAGGAUCUGGUGGUGCUCAUGGCCAGGCUAAUUCUGGUGGAGCUUUUUCUUCGAUACGAUUCAUUCCAAAUAGAGUGGGAAAGGCUCAUCAUUGGUUCAUCCGUCACUAUCGUCUCAUUCACUAAACGCACGUGAGGGAUAACUUUAUUCUUAAUAUGUUGCUAAUUAAAACAAAAUCUCAUAAUUACUGCAUACAUAUGUUGGCUAGAAUAAAUGUAAAAUAACUAUAC